AUGAAACAAUUAUUGCAAAAGAUUCUUCGAAGGAAACGCUUUGAAACAACUCCAUUGGACACGAACUUGAAACGAUGUCUCACAACAUUCGACGUUACGAUGAUUGGAGUUGGACAAACGAUUGGAGCUGGGAUUUAUGUACUAACAGGCACGGUCAUCCGAAAUACAGCUGGUCCCUCAAUCGUUCUCUCUUUCAUUCUCGCUGGCUUUGCCGCUUUCUUUUCAGCUUUAUGUUAUGCUGAAUUUGGCUCUAGAUUUCCAAAAGCAGGAAGCGCUUAUUCAUAUGCUUACAUUGGUUGUGGUGAAAUCUGGGCGUUCAUUAUUGGAUGGGAUGUCGUUCUUGAGAAUAUGCUCUCAGCUGCAGUUGUCGCUCGUGCAUGGUCGGGUUAUAUCAAUGUAUUAGCAGAUAAUGCUAUCAAAAAUUUCACCAUUCAUCACAUUGGAGGAUUGCAUACAAGUAUCUUUUCUGAUUACUUAGAUGUGCUAGCUUUCAUCAUUGCUAUUGUUAUUUGUGUGAUUAUGUCAGGUGGAGUGAAGGGAUCAGCAACAUUCAAUAGUCUCAAUGGACUCUUAAACAUUGCUAUGAUUGCUGUGGUCACAAUUUUUGCCUUUAUUUAUGCUGAUUUCAAUAACUGGACAGGAACCACUGCUGAUGGAACAUCAAAAUUUUUCCCAUAUGGUUUCAGUGGGACACUAGCUGGUGCAGCUUCAUGUUUCUUUAGCUUUAUCGGUUUUGAUGGAUUAGCAACAGCUGGAGAAGAGGCUAAAGAUCCGGUAAAGGCGAUUCCAAAAGCUACCUUUUACUGCAUGGGAAUAGUAACAACAGUUUAUGUGUUAAUGUCAAGUGCAAUCUCACUGAUUGCUCCAUAUACAGAGAUCGAUCCAGACGCUGCUUUUGUGAGCGCUUUCAAAGAUCGAGGUGCUCAAAUUCCAGUGAUUUGUGUCACAAUUGGAGCAAUCUGUGGAAUGACCGGCAGUAUGUUUGGUUGUCUCUUCGCCUUGCCUCGAUGUGUUUAUGCAAUGGCUGAAGAUGGAUUGAUUUUUAAAUUUUUUUCGAUCGUCAAUCCUAGAACAAAGGUCCCAAUUUACGCAAUUGCUGUCUUUGGUCUAAUGACUGCGAUCAUGGCUGCUCUAUUCAAUGUUGAGACUCUGGUGGAUUUCUUAUCGUCGGGCACUCUAAUGGCUUAUUCAAUGGUUGCUGUUUGUGUCAUUGUACUACGUUAUCGUCAAGAUUAUUCAAAUGAUAACAGAGAGAAUCGCUUCUUCAAACUUCGAAUCCCGAAUUGGAUAAUGAAAUUUACAAACACUCGAUCGGUUGUCGCUGGCUUGAUCCCAAUGCUAUUCGGUUUUGCUGGAUUUGGAAUUUGUAUGUCAUCUGGCUUUUGGUCUUCUGGAUGGGCCGGAAAAGCUUGUGCAAUUCUCUUCUUGCUCUUUGCCUGUUGUUGCAUCAUUUGGAUUGGAUUACAUUCACAAAAUGAUGAUGUUCUUACUUUCAAGGUACCAUUUGUACCAAUUUUACCAGCAUUUUCUCUAUUUCUUAACACAAUGAUGUUGGCUAAUUUGGAUUAUUUGGUAUGGAUUCGAUUUGGGAUAUGGCUAGCUGUCGGUCUUGGCAUCUACUUUCUUUAUGGAAUGCAUCACAGUCUAGAAGGGAAAAAAGAGAAACAACUACAUGUACCACCCAUUUUGACGGAGAAAUUU